UACACACGCACGCACAAACGCACACACCUAAAACAAGGACGCGAGGGGAGUCCCGGCAAGAUGGUCGCCGUUAUGAUCAUGUCAGAUACAUACGCAAACCCCGCUUCAAUCAUUAGGAUUCCUAUUCUCUUUCCUAUCUUGGGCACCUUAACGGUGACUCUGCGCUUCUAUACCAGAAGAAAGACGAAAUUUGUGUUGUGGAUUGACGACUGGUUGACUCUGCCUGCACUGGGACUGGAAUAUGUACUCGCCACCCUGAUGCUUUGGGGAGCAACAACAGGAUCCUUAGGAAGUCUUCUUCUUCAGCCCGAUGACCCACGUCCAGAUGCUUACAUCUUCUCAAACUCUGAUCCACAAAUCAGGCUUCUACAGAUCCAAUACGUCGCUGACAUAGUGACAGUCUGGGCAUUUGGUUUCGCAAAACUCAGCAUUCUCUAUUUCUACCGCAGCAUAUUCUGCAGUAGACGGACCAUUCGCACUGCCUUCCACUCUGUGACAAUGUGCAUGAUAGUGCUAGUUUCAGUUUGGACUGUAGUCUUUGGCAUUGGUACAAUCUUCAUCUGCGGUGCCCAUCCCGUGAACCCCUGGGGGACUAUUGCAGUCUUUACAUCCGAAUGUAGUCUACAUGUCCCGAUUGUUGAGGGACAUGAGUGUAACAGGGCUGUGGUCGAGGCUGUGAAGCAAGAAGCUAAUAAGCAAACAUGGGCCGUGUCCAGCGUUGCUGAGUUGCUGGUGGGGAGGGAUCAGCAGCCAUCAAGUACUGUUUGCGCUAUCACAAUGUCUUCCCAUAAUGGUAUAUCUAGAUGGGGGGUGUGCAGUCUUGGAAGUGUGCUUGAUGAGCGAUUAGUGUUGUUGUGAAAUGCACACGGAACUUUAGUUUACGUUGCUGCCUUCACUAAACCGUCGACAUUCGCAUCACCAAACUUGCUCAAUGCAGUUCAGUAAGUACUUUACCUUAUCAUAUCGCGCCUGUACGAGUAAGGCUGAGACGGGCUGAUGGUCAGGUCUGCGAACGCGAGGACCCUGUUUCAAAGGAGCUCACAUACUAUACAAGCGUUGGGAGAAGCACAUGACAGUAAAAGAACUAUAGCAUACAAAAUAAGAAUGAUAAAGAAGU